GAAAUCAUUUGUAUAGUAAACAUCCAGCAUGACUGUGUCAAAUCACAGUGCACAGACACUGGUCAAUGUCACCUUCGUCAAGAGCGAACCGAGACCACACGUACGAAGUCCAUCAUUCAGCACAAAUCCUCACUGUUCUACUUGCUCAAUGCUUACUCGAUUCACAACUAUGCCCAAAUUCAAUCUGUCAUUCCUCCGUCACUUCGUGAGACAUCAUUGAGGGUCAAUAAUGCAACAGAGGUUCAUUUAGCAGCAGCUCGUUAA